CUGACGAGGAAAUUUUAUGAGCUUGCUUGGUCUAAUUGGUUAACGGUGGACUUGGCUUGAUUUCAAGACGUAACUUAACGUCAGGGCGCACUUCUAGCACGUGUUUUUACUUAGCUUCCUAAACAGGGGACCAACUUCUCAGAAAUUUCGACAUUUAUAGGCAAGACUGGAAUAGGCUUGCUUAGCAUUGACAGAACCAUGGCAGGUCUUUGGAGGUCCUACCAGGGUCUGAUAUCCAAGCAUCCAUGGACAGUACAGAUUAUCACAGCAGGCUCUCUGGUGGGGGUGGGCGAUGUCAUCUCCCAGCAGCUGAUCGAGCGGCGAGGCCUGGCCAAUCACAGCAUGCGUCGGACCGCCAAGAUGAUGAGCAUUGGCUUCUUCUUUGUAGGUCCAGUGAUAGGAGGUUGGUACAGGGUCCUGGAUAGGCUGGUCGUGGGAGAGACCAAAAGCGUUGCUCUGAAGAAAAUGGUAUUGGACCAGGUGGGUUUCGCCCCAUGCUUCCUGGGGGCGUUCCUGGGCAUCUCUGGCACUCUGAAUGGGCUGACACUGGAGCAGAAUGUGGCCAAGCUCAAGAGGGACUAUGGAGAUGCCUUGAUCGCAAAUUACUAUCUCUGGCCCCCGGUCCAGAUAGCCAACUUUUAUUUUGUACCACUGCACCACAGAUUGGCAGUGGUUCAGAUUGUGGCAGUGAUUUGGAAUUCCUACCUCUCCUGGAAAGCCAACCAGGUCUGACAGGUGGUUACAUAAACGGCGCUACCUCAUUUGCAGGACAAUAAUGUGUUUUAGACUGUCAUUGUAGACAGCUUUUGUGGUCACCUGCAGAUCUCUGCAAAGACAAAGAUGGCAAUCUAGUAUUUGAGCAAUUGAUUUUUAAUUAAUUAAUUAAUUAAUGAAUUAAUUAAUGGAUUAAUCAAUCAUAGAAAAGAUCAUGCUUAUUUUUGUAAUUAACCUUCACUCUGUAACCUUCAUGAAAAUAAUUCACAAGAGUUGUCAAUACACACUUAGACGUGUUCUUUUUGCUAUGUAAGGAACAUAAAAUACACAGUUAUUGUGAUCUAAAGUCUCUAUCAAGUGAAGAAAUAAUUUUGGUUGCACCAGUAAUGCCAGUUUUAAGGAUGGUAUAGCUCCCUGAGCACAGGGAGGUAUCCAUACUUUAAUUUUUUUAUUUUGAAUGAGUGUAUGUGGCUCUGUUAAUGUAUGUGCAUUUAAUUAAAACUAUUAUUUGUAAUAAUGAUUAAUUAUGACUAAAUACAUUUUAUAAUAAAUGUUAUAAAACAUA